AUGUCAAACUCGGUUUCCGACGAGGUAGCAGAGGACUACAAAAGCUCCUUGGAGGAUCUUAUCACCAACGAUCGCUUCCAGAUCAGUAAUCUGACUGUCAUUGCGAAGGAGAACACAGAACAUGCAGAGGCUAUUUCCAAGGUGCUGGAGGAUCAUAUUCGAUCUAUCCCGCCGCCGCAGAAGCUGCCCGCUCUUUAUGUAGUUGAUUCCAUCGUCAAGAAUGUCGGAACCCCCUACACUCUCUUCCUGGGACGGAAGAUGUUCCAGACAUUCAUAAAUGCGUACACCCUGGUCGAUUCGCAGACUCGCCGCAAGCUGGAUGAGAUGCUCAAAACAUGGAAGGAGCCUGCUGCAGGCUCGUUGGACACUCGCCCGGUCUUCCCGCCCCAGAUCACUCGCGAUAUCGAAAACGCUCUGAUUAAGGCGCGCACCGCAUUCCUGGACUCACAACGUUUGAGAGGUCAACCGGAGAUCAACCGCGGUCGUGGUAGCGUAACGCCAACGGGAUGGGCCAAUAGCCCUACUCCACCGGGCAUUUCUCGACAAAACCCGCCUUAUAAUCAUGGAGGCAUCUCAAGAACUGCGACUCCCCCUCAAGGACAGCUUCAAGAUGUGGACUUGGUGACCCUGAACCGGGACCUAGAGGCCUUGAUAGCCUCAGCACGGAAUGACUUUGCGAACAGUCCUUUCAAUCCUACAACUCAACAGCGGCUCAAGUCUCUGCUUGAUCUCCAGCUCAUCAUGCAGCGCCAGCAACUUACUCCCGAGGAGCGGAAGCUCGUUCGAAAUCAACUGUCCUCGUUUAAAAUUCCUCAGCCAGCACCUGUCCAAGCACACAAUUCCUUAGUACCAGCCCCAGCUCCUUCAGCGUCGACACCACCAACCCAACCUGCAUCCCAAUCGUUCCCGCAGAUGCUGAAUUCCGAGACCAUUGCGGAGCUCCUCAAAGCGACUGCCGUGAGCCAACAACCCACUCCCCCUCCCCAGAUUUCCAAUAUUCUCCCUACAAUGCCUCAGAUCCCUCCAACCAGCAAUACACCGCAACCAGCCGAGAAUCCCAUCAUCGCCGCUCUCCGUUUACGAGGGCUUUUGCCUCCUGCAUCGGCCCCGCCAGCCAUGGGCUCGGCUGGAACACCUCCCCCAGGCUCUCUACCCUUCUUCAUCCCUGGUCAGCUACGAGCUACGCCGCCUGUUGCAACUCCUCAGGCAUCAACUCCAGUCGGCUCGUCAUCCACAGUGCCCAUGAAUACUAUCUCGAUGAAGAUUCCUCGGAUUGCGCUCGUUGUUUCCCUCUACGAUGCGAAAUCUAAUAGGUGUGGUACCUGUGGUCGCCGUUUUCCGGCUACUGCAGAGGGCCGAGAGAAGAAAGCCCGGCAUUUGGACUGGCACUUUAAGACCAACCAGCGCAUGGUAGAGGCUACCAAGCGAGCUCAGACUCGUAGCUGGUACGUCGACGAAGGGGAUUGGAUUCAGUCUCGUGAGGCCGAUGAUGACCAAGGCACAGAAGAUGCCGAGGCCACUGCCGAAGGAGCCGCUGGUGCUGAUAGUAACGACAGCAAGAAAGGCCCGCCGAAGCAGUGGAUUCGGGCUCCCAACGAUGCCGUGCUGCGCAAUACCCCUUGUCCCAUCUGCCAGGAGAAAUUUGAAUCGACUUGGUCCGAAGAGGUGCAAGACUGGAUCUGGCAGGAUGCCAUCACUGUCAGUGGUCGAAUCUAUCAUGCCAGCUGCUACGAUGAAGUCACCAAGGAUGGGCCAGGUCCACGCAGCUUCACACCUCAAGCACGAACAGCCACGCCAGAUUCCGUGCUUGGCAAACGAAAAGCCGAGGGCAUUGAAUCUCCCGGGUCUAAAGUGCGUAUUAAGAUGGAGUCAUAA